AGUCUAGUUCCCGCCAACUGCGGAAAGAUUCAAAAUGUAUCGUAUCACAUCAACAGUGGUUUUGGCUGCCUGCAUAGUUCUAUGCACGGCAUUGCCCGUAGAGAAGCAGAAGGUCCAAGAAUUGCCCGUGCUGAAGGACCAGAAGGCUGAGGUUCUGUUCAGGGCUGACAACUACUCCACAGCGUUCCUGGAGUGCGCCCUUGAAGGGCACGGGAAGGAUGUUAAAUACACCUGGUACAAAAACGGCCAGAUCUUCGACUGGGAGAAAGCAGGUCACAUCGCUCAACGCCCUGGCGAAGGCAGCAUCAUGUUCUUCAACCCACAACCAUCCGACGAAGGACAAUACAAAUGCCUUGUCGAAACCCCCGCUGGGAUCGCAAGCACACGAACAAUUACCCUGAAAAAAGCUUUCAUCAACAUCCCAAAAGUGACACUUCAAGAGCAUAGACCAAUAGAAGGGAAACCGUUUAAACUGGAAUGCAAAAUCCCCGAAUCGUAUCCUAAACCAACAAUACUUUGGAAAACGCAACUGGUAGCUGAACCUAGUAUUAUAGAAGACUUCUUGAGCCAAAGAAUCACUCGUUCCCCGGACGGUGCGCUGUAUUUCUCGAAUGUGACGGAGGAAGAUGUCGGUGAUAAGUUUAAAUAUGUAUGUUAUGCUCAAACUCCUGCAUCCAGGGAUGAUGUCCUGUUAGCUGAACAUAAACUGGUCUCUUUGGAGAAGCCUAAGACGCCGAACGAUGGAGAGCUGUCUUUGCAAUACGUUACAAAUGAUAUCACUUCGAAAGUUGGAGAUGUGACCAUGAUUUACUGCAUCUACGGUGGAACCCCCCUGGCCUACCCCGACUGGUUCAAAGAGAACAAGCUGAUCGAAGCCAAGCCAGGAGACAGGAUCACGGACCACAACCGAACUGGAGGAAAGAGGCUGCUCAUCAAGGAGACUCUGUAUGAGGACCAGGGAACCUACAAGUGUGAGGUGAACAAUGGAGUCGGCAAGAAACUGACGCAUAGCAUGAAGUUGACUGUCGUCAGCGCGCCAAAACUGUCUCAACAACACGAAAAGCGUAUUCUCGUUAAGGAAGGCGAAGAUGUAUCCCUGCCGUGCAAAAUAACAGGUUUACCAGAGCCCAAAGUAACUUGGACUUACAACACCAAAGCUGUCAGCGAGCGCGCCAUUUACAAAGAUGGCGUCUUGAAAAUUAAAAACGCUAAGAAGGGUGACACUGGUUACUAUGGCUGCAAAGCCGAAAAUGAACAUGGCGACUUAUACGCCGAAACUCUUGUGCAAGUCGCUUAGGCUUUCAUUGUAUUUUUAAUUUAAGUUAUGUGAUGAUUUUUUAACCAAAUAAAGGUUUUUUUAAGUUGAAAA